UUAUACAAAUUUUUUGGACUUAUGUGCAAAGUUACCACCGUAUAGUCCGAGUAUUUAAAAUAUCGGCCCUUUUCUCUAUCUCUAUAACCAUACAUCGUUACUCCACUCUUGUGAAUUGCGAUCGUUCCGAGGAGGUCUCCGAGCAAUGGCUACAAAUUCAACACUAAGACUCGCUCUUUCUGUGGCCUUCUUGGGAUCGCUGGCCUUCAUCUUUGGUGUCGUUGCGGAAAAUAAGAAGCCUGCAUCUGGAACAAUAAUUCACGGAAAAGGUGUUGUUAUCUGCAAGUUUCCAAACGACCCAACAGUCGCUCUAGGGAGUUUAUCUAUCGUCGCGCUUGUUGCAACUGCUAUUGUUGGCCAUUUUGCUGUGUUUUUCCCGUACAAAGGAAAGUCGGUUCCGCAAGAAGUUUUGUUUCGAAGCACUUCCUUGGCGGUAUUCUUCUUUAUCGCGGAGAUUGUCUCAGCCCUAGCUCUAGGGAUGAUGAUGUGGGCAACCAUCACCGAAGGCCUUCACAUUUCGCGCAACGUCCACCAUGAUCUCAGCACCCAAUGCCCAACUGCUAAGACCGGGCUGUUUGGCGGAGCCGCCUUCUUGGCCCUGGACGCCGCCCUCUUCUGGCUUGUGUGCCAGAUGCUGACGAUAAACGCAAGGGCUGAUUACUUGGAUGAGAAUGAUCCUAAAGGUGAAUAUGGCCAGGUUUAUUCUGCAGAGUAUGAGUCCAAUGGGGCUGCUCCUAAGGUUUGAUUCGGAACAUAGUUGGUAGUACUUAGCUUUAUUUGUAAAUAUACCCGAUCCGUCGAACAAAACAAUUGGUUGAUGCAUCUAUCUUUUUUCAUAAACCUAUGUGGGGCUAUUAAUCAGCAAAGACUGUUUGGGCUUAAAUUCUACCAGGAUUAUAUUAGAUGUUUCCAUUCAUUUAGCUUGAAAGUAAUUGUUGGUUGCUGUGAUGUGUUUUUUUUUUAAUUUGGAAAAUUGUGAACUCCUGCCUGUCGCAUUUGCAAUUUGCUAUCUUGUUAUUCAAAAUGUUGCUGUCUUUUUCUA